AUGGAUGGCAGAAGACUCUUUCCAGGCACCCCAGAGCCUAGAACUAAGCGACGCAAGGAAGAAAAUGCGAAAGAUUUAAUAUAUCCAAAAACACAUCGUUUGUUUCCAAAGCCCACUGGUCCCUGGGUCCAUUCCCAUGAUGAGUCUACCAACAAGAAUAAACACAAGCGAUCUAAUCCUCGGAAGUCGCACCGAAGAAAGACUCUCCCUUCCAUUGAGAUUGUCCCUGGAGUUUCCCGCGAUGACUUGCCAAUUGCCGGCGAAUUCUCCAACCAAACCACGACAAACUACGAUGCGCUUCCAGUGGUUCGCGCGCUAGACUGGCAAACGGACAACGAGGGGAAGCCAAUUCCAAAAGGGUUGAAAAAUGUCGUCUCGCGUAAAGCAGCGUUUGUGCAGACACGCGGUAAAGAAGCCAGUGAGCCGUGCGCGUUUUGCAAAGCUCAAAAAGGCAUCUGGAAAACGUGCGUCAUCGGAGUGGCCGAAGCAGAAGAAGAGUUCGAUGGGUCAUGUGCAAACUGUCGCUUUAGUCGACGCGCACAAUGCGGCUACCGUGAGUGGUUUUGCAGUUCUCGUUCUUCUACUAUUGCUGAUCUCAGAUAUCUCUAG